AUGAGCACAGGACUUGCUAAACCCAAAAAACUCAAACUUACAGAUUAUGAAGUCUUUCAAACCUUGGGCACUGGUUCAUUCGGAAGAGUGAAACUGGCAAGGAAUAAACAAACCAACAAAUAUGUCGCCUUGAAAAGUCUAAAAAAGGCAGAGAUUAUAAGACUCAAGCAAGUUGAUCACGUGAUUAAUGAAAACACUAUUUUAGGCAAUCUACAACAUCCAUUCAUUGUAACCUUUGAAGGCUUCUGCCAAGAUCCAAGAUAUCUCUAUCUAGUCUUAGAAUUCGUUUCUGGAGGAGAGUUGUUCACUUACUUAAGAAGCAUCGGAAGACUCGAUACUUAACAUGCAGCCUUUUACGGUGCACAAGUUGCCUCAAUCUUUGAGUAUCUGCAUUCCAAGAAUAUCGUCUAUAGAGAUCUUAAACCAGAGAACUUAUUGAUUGCAGAUGAUGGAUAUCUCAAAUUAACAGAUUUCGGCUUUGCCAAAGUAGUCGAAGGAAGAACCUACACUUUAUGCGGAACUCCAGAGUACUUGGCUCCAGAAAUCUUGUUGAACAAAGGACAUGGCAAGGCUGUCGAUUGGUGGACUUUGGGAAUUCUUAAUUUAUGA